AGUACCAUAUUCCUCAAAAUAUUUCUAAAUAUGAUCCAAGCCGGAUGCCUAUUUGGUCCGGAUUUAGGGGUUUCGAAACAAACCCAUAAUAAGGAACCUACAGAAAUCAGACAAAGGAAAAUGGGUGAAAGGAAGAAAACAGAAGAAGAAAAGAAAGCAACGAUGAUAGCAUGGCCAUUGAUUAAACCUAAGUCAAAUCUCAGCAUCACUCACCUUAAAGGAAACGAUCUCUUCACUGUGCAUAAUUUCUUUACAUCUAGUGAAUCAAAAGGAUUCAUAAAAGUUGCGGAAUCCAUUGGAUUCACGCACCAAGGAAGUCUAGGCCCAACAAAAGGUGAAGCUUUUAGAGAUAAUGAUCGAAUAUCUUUCAAUGAUCCUGUACUUGCAUACACGAUAUGGGCGUCGGGAUUUGACAAGUUGCUUUCCGAUUUCAAGAUUCGAUCCAAAGUUGCUGUUGGAUUGAACCCAAAUAUUCGAUUGUACCGCUACAAGGUUGGCCAGUGUUUUGGACAGCAUAUUGAUGAAAGCGUUGAUCUUGGAGAGGGAAAACGUACACACUACACAUUAUUGAUAUAUUUAAGUGGUGGGUUCAAACCGAAAUCGAAAAAGGAUUCUAAUACAUUGCAGGAUGAUGCCUCCUCUGAGACUCUAGUUGGUGGAGAAACAGUCUUUUAUGGUCACAGAAACAGCAUUGUUGCUGAGGUGCCUCCUUCUGAAGGAAUGGCUCUUCUUCAUAUUCAUGGUCAUAAGUGUAUGCUGCAUGAAGCCCAAAAGGUUACCAAGGGGAUCAAGUAUGUGCUAAGGUCGGAUGUUGUUUUCGCUUGACCGGUUCCACUUGCAGAUCAGGGAUAAGCAUUGCUGUUUGCAUAUGGGUUUAAGUGGUCAAGUUUACACACUUUUUUGUUGAGAUUGGCAAAGGCAAUCGUUGAGGAUCGUUGAAAGUGUGAUUUAUUUUCACUAAGCAAACAGUUGUUUCUUGUGUAAGCCAUUCUUAGAGUGAAAUCGAUAUUUGUAUAAUCGUUUGUUAGGGGUCAUUUAUAAGUUACUUUUAAUGUUU